AUUUAUGAUCAUAACCUACGUUGAUCAAAACUUUUCUUUAUCUGACUUUCAUGUGUGUAAAGUUCGUGUAAUAUUGUAUAUUGUGAUUGUGACAAAGACAUACGGUGCCGUCAUGAUCAGGACGAUAGGAUGUUUAUUUUGUAUUCUUCAUAUAGCAUUUGGGUGUCAUAGCGAAUGGACUUCUUUUAAUACAUCCUGCUACCAUGUAUCGGGGGAACCAACAUCCUGGGUGGAUAGCAUGAAAAUGUGUGAGAUGCGUGGUGCAUAUCUGGUACACGUAGACAGUGCCAGUGAGGAUGAAUUUGUUACCAGUCUAAUGAAAACACAUGGAGUGUCUGACGUAUGGUUGGGUGGUUCAGAUUGGUCUUUAGAAGGAAGCUGGGCAUGGGAACCAGAAGGAAACAUUUUUCAAUACUCCAAAUUUACCCCCGGGCAACCUAACAACCACAACGGUGAAAAUUGUCUGAUGAAGGAGGCUCACCAUCAUUACUACUGGAAUGACAAAGACUGUGAUCUUCGUCGAGCUUACAUAUGCGAGGAUCCAAAUAACCCUGGAAAUCCAGUAGUUGGUUGAAAUAUUUUGGAAUUUUGCAGAUAAAGAUUUAAUGUAUUCUUUCAAACACAGACUUGCCAUUAUCAUUUCGUAAACGAAAGUUUUUACGAAAGUAUACUUUCCUCCAAAUAAUAAAAAAUUAUAAAUUUA